GCCAUGAACAAAGUUGACCGUCUCUGAGGAAAGGGGAUUCAAUUCGUCCAUUAUUGAAAUGAAUUCCACCAGCGUCGAAGGGGGCAGCUCGUCAUCUCGGACGACUCCAGAGUGUGAAGUGUUUCUGAAUUACUGUGGCGUCGACGCGUACAAUUGUUUCAUCUCUCAUCUUGACUCUGCUCUUCAACGAAACGGUAUAUCCACCUCCAACCAAUGUCUUCAAAGAGGAGAUCUCAUUUCACAAGUUCUUCUCAAAGCAAUUGAGCAAUCCAGGAUUUAUAUUGUUGUCUUCUCCAAACACUACGCUGAUUCAACAUGGUGCUUGGACGAACUAAGAAAGAUCUCUGAGGUAAUUUUCGAUGGGGAAUGCACCAUUCUACCAGUUUUUUACCAUGUCGAUCCAUAUGAGGUACAAAACCAGUGUGGGAGCUUCAAAUUAGCCUUUGAUGAACAUGAACAAAAGUUCAGUGAUAAUAUAGAGAAGGUACAAAGAUGGAGACUAGCCUUGACUCAAAUAGCAAAACUCCCUGGUUGCGAUGUACGGACUCAUUUGUUCUCUCUCGCUAGAUCAGAGUCAGAAGUUGUUGGUAACAUCGUUAAUGUAAUCAGAAGCAAAUUGGGUCACAUAAUGGAUGAGACUAGUGUCCAAGACAGCAUAAUGGCAUGCGAAGUGUUUCUGAGUUUCCACGAGGACAUUCGCAACGGCUUCAUUUCUCAUCUUGUUUCAGCUCUUCAACGAAAAGGUCUGUUGACGACCAUCGUGGAUGACGAAGAAAGGAUCCAGAGAGGAGAUUCAUCCAGUUCGGAAAAGCUACUUAUAGCAAUCGCUGCAUCCCGAAUUUGUGUUGUUGUCUUAUCUAAAAAAUAUGCUGCUUCACCACGGUGCUUGGAAGAACUAUCAUGGAUUUGUAAUAGAAAGCUUGGUUCAGGAUGCAUUUGCCCAGUUUUCUACGAUGUGCGUUCAUCAGAUGUAAGACAUCAGAAAGGGGAUAUCGAAGAAGCCUUUGCUAGCCAUGAGCAAAGAUUUAGUGAUGAUAUGGAGAAGGUACAAAGAUGGAGGCUAGCUCUCACUGAAGUAGCAAAUCUCUCCGGUUUUGCGGUAGGAAAUAAAUCAGAGGCAGAGGUUAUCGAUUCCAUUGUAGAGGAAACGAGAAGAUUGAUUAGGAAAAGAAGAUAUCAGAGGACCUGGAAAUAUGAAGUGUUUCUGAGUUUCAGAGGCGAGGACACUCGAAAAGGUUUCACUGCUCAUCUUUUUUCAGCUCUUCAACGAAAAGGUGUAUUUGUCUUCAAGGAUGACCAACGACUUCAGAAAGGGGAUUCCAUUUCACAAGAGCUUCUCGAAGCAAUUGAGCAAUCCAGGAUUUGUAUUGUUGUCUUCUCCAAACACUACGCUGAUUCAACAUGGUGCUUGGAAGAACUGACAAAGAUCUCUGAGGUAAUUUUCGAUGGGGGAUGCACUGUUUUACCAGUUUUUUACGAUGUGGAUCCAUUUGAGGUACAAACUCAGAGUGGCGGGACUUUUAAAGAAUCUUUUGAUGCAUAUGAGCAAAACUUGAGUGAUAAUAUAGAGAAGGUACAAAGAUGGAGGCUAGCUCUCACUCAGGUAGCAAAUCUCUCUGGUUUUGAUGUACGAAAUAAAUCAGAGAUGAAAGUGAUUGAUAACAUUGUUGAUAGAGCCAUAAGGGAAUUGGAUCAUAGAAUCUCAAGUUUGACCGAUGAUCUUGUUGGGAUGCAAUCUCGUGUUGAAGCUUUAGAAAACUUUCUAAAUUUAGACCCAGAUGAAGUUCGAUCUGUUGGGCUCUUUGGAAUGCCCGGAAUAGGGAAGACUACUCUUGCUGCAGUUUUGUUCAACAAGAUCUCCUACCAAUUUGAUGCUUCUUGCUUCCUUCAUGAUGUAAGUGGAGUCGAACAGCGUUUUGGCAUAAUCCAUUUACAACAACAGCUCCUUUCUGAAACACUACUACGUAAAGAUGUGCCUGUGAAAGACCCUUAUGUGGGAAGACAUAUCAUUAUGAUGAGGCUUUCAACCCGUAAAAUUCUUGUGGUUGUAGAUAACGUUAAUAGUAUAUCACAAUUGGACAAUUUGGUUGGACAGCCAGACUGGUUUGGUUCAGGGAGUAGAAUCAUCAUUACAACUAGGGAUGAGCAUAUACUAUUAUCGCGUGGCGUGUAUGUAUUCAACAGGAUCGAACUAUUAGAGCAUCAUGAUGCUCUUCAACUUUUUUGCGUAAAAGCUUUCAACUGCGAUGAUCCCCCGAGUGAGUUUCAAGACUUGGCCAAUGCUCUACUUCAACAUGCCAAGUGCCUUCCAUUAGCAAUUAAAGUGUUGGGUUCCCGUUUGUUUAUGAAACAAAAAUCAGAGUGGAGCGCCGAGUUAGAAAGAUUGAAAGAAAUUCCUGACAGAGAUGUUAUGGAAGUUCUUCAAACUAGUUAUGAUCUACUUGAUUACGGGGUAAAAAAUGUAUUUCUUGAUAUUGCUUGUUUCUUUAAUGGAGCAGACAAGGACCAUGUUAUGAAUAUUAUGGAGUACUGUGGAUUUUAUGCUAUAUAUGCAACUCAUAUUCUCUGUGAACGAUCACUCGCAAGCAUUGUCAACGGAAAAAUCUGGAUGCAUGAUUUGGUGCAAGAACUGGGACAAAAAAUUGUUCGAGAAAAAUCUCCUCAACAUGCCAAAAGAAGUAGGUUGUGGUCAUACAAAGAUCUCCAAUCUGUAAACAAAGGAACAAAAUUUGUCGAAGCUAUCGUUCUGAACAAAGGAGAAGUUGAGCAAAAGAUUCCAUUAAUGGCUGAAGUUUUAUCAAAAAUGACCCGCCUCAGAGUUUUGAUACUGCCUGCAUUGAAGUUUUCAGGACAAUUGAAUCAUCUUUCCAAUGACUUACGAUUUCUUUCAUGGCAAAAAUUUCCUUUCAGCUAUUUACCAUCAAGUUUUAAUCCAAAAAAUCUUGUUGAGUUGAUCAUGCCAGACAGUGAUAUAAGACACUUGUGGAAAGGGAGAAAGUGUCUGCCAAGUUUGAGAAGCAUAGAUCUAAGUGGUUCUAAAAGUCUAGUGGAGACUCUAGAUCUUAGUGGUGCAGAGUCUCUUAAGAAAAUAAAUCUUGAAGGAUGUACCGGAUUAUUGCGGGUUCACCCAUCUAUUGGAGAUCUUCAUCAGCUUGAAUUCUUGAAUCUGAGAAAGUGCACUCAUUUGACCAGGAUCCCAAACACCAUACUUCUUUUACCUUCUCUUGAAACUCUGAACCUCUGUCACUGUUCAAGCCUCCGUGAAAUAUUUCAAGCGAGGGAUUUCUCAUCAAUGGAAGACGAAGAAUAGAUCAAUCAUAAUCCCUGCAUCUUGAAAGUGUCGAUAUUGCCACACACACACACACACACAGAGAGAGAGAACCAACUAGAAUACUUUGAGCUCAAAAUUCACUUCUCUACUUCAUCUUCAUAAAUGAGUCGUAUUUAUUAGUCUAAUUAGUGAAUCAUCUGUUAGACUCAUUUAAUUAGCCGUUAUUCUUGAGUCUUGAUCAUUGUGAGUGAAGUAAUUAAUCGUCAGAAGUUGCUUAAUCUUCUCUCAUCUACAACGGCAUGGCUUUCUCAUGAAAGAUAGAAGAAUAUAUGUGCUUUCAUGUUUAAGGAAAAAAGAAAUGAAUGGUCACAUUUUAUUGCCAAA